UGCAUAGUUUUCAUAAUAUGCAACAAAAUUGUGCAUUUCAUUUCUUGAAUGAUUAUAGUUUUGAUAUAGUCAGGAUUUUCCUUUUGAAGGACAUGAUGCAACAACUGAUUCAAUUUUGGCUGAUUUCAAAAAUUUGGGUAUUAUUGUUUUUCUGUUUGAGUCCUGCUUUUUGGAAUAUCUUGUCCACCUUCAGUAGGUCUGGUGUUCUUUCUCAUAUAUUUCUGCAAGAAUAUAACCUCAGGUGCUGGCUUAGCACCCAGUUCUCUCGACACCCAGUUCCUUUGGUUUCAAUGAUGCAAGGAUUCCAGAAUAUUUGUUAUCUUUUAUAACUGAUGGAUUUUUUUUCCCUUUUCCACUCUUUUGAUCUUACAGGCAUUCACUCUCCUUUUUUUAUUAGGAUUACACUGUACUCAGACCUGGCAUUGCUAGGGAGGAUAAAUCAAUAUCAUAAUAGUUAACUAAGUCAUUUAAAAAUACCUUUGUUAGCUUUGAAGAAAAGAAUAUCAAUCAUAAUUUAUCCAUAACCAAUCUGAUCUGGUAAUUCUUAGGUAAUCCUGGUAAUCUUUAGCUUUUGCACCAAGGAUUAUUGUUAUAUGUUACCAGACAACAGCACAUUACCACUCAGCAUGUGUAGGAUUUCUUUUUUAACGAGACUUCAGUACAAGAAGUUCUUUUUCCUCAGAGACCUGAGGAUCAACAGCAUGGAGGAGGAUCAGGCCUCUCCAGUACAUGCAAGCAUGGACUGUUACUAUUAACUCUGCACUUUACCAGGAUACAAAUUAGACAUCCCUGGAGCAGAAGUUAUCUUAUUCUUCAAACAAUAUCAAGACUGUUUAGCAACUUGGGUUAUGUCUGACACUAAAUCAUUUGCUUUGGCCCUUCUGAAAGUUCACAUGUACAUUGAUCACAUUGACCUCAUUAACAACUUAAAAUAUGUUGUGUUUUUAUUGAUUCAGACAUUGAAAAAAACACCAACUAGAAUGGCAAAAACAAAUUUAGACAAUAAUUCUAACCUUACAAUAGCACAGAUGUGCUGAGUAGUCCUCACCAUGCCUUUCAAAGCACCACAGGCAUUUGCCCAUUCACAGUGCAACAGAUGUUGUUUUCUUAAUACAAGGGGCAGCAGUGCCCCGCCAAGCCAGCUGCAGGCAGGUAUAUCUGCAGUGUGUAUUGUAGGCAUAUGAAGAUGCAGCUUUUCUGUUGAGAAAUUGUCUUACCAUGAAAAGAAAGCCUCAUUUCAUUAUCAACAAGGACAAAAGUUAAGUUACUGUUGAAAACUGUCCUAGUGUCUGGAUGUUCAGUUCUGGUGGUAGGUGAUUUCUGGACCUAAUGUGUGCUUAAAAAUCGAUUUUCCAUGGAUGACUUGUAGCUGGUGUAAUUAAUCUUUUCAAGUCUUCUUCAUUCACAAGAUUCAGAGGUGGUGAUUAUCUUUUCUGUCUUGUUUUUGGCAAAUGUGGAUCUUACCAAUCACAUUGAAAAACUCCAUUCUACAGGUAUGUCUCUAAUUGAAAUAUUAUAUUAAUAAUUUUUUUCCUGAUAGUCAUUCGGAAUAUUUACUUGCACUUUUUCAUUUCAGAGGUCAGAUAAUGCACACAAAAAAAUUGUAGAGAAAGACCAUUUUAAAGAGACAAUAACAUUGACACUACUGUAAAUAAUUAUAGUUAAAGCCUUUGAGGCCAGCUGAUGAGAUCUUCUGAUAGAGCCAUGAGUAACAUAGUCUGGGUGGGGUUGUUUGGCUUGGCAGCAGCUGGUUACAUGUAGCAUGCAUUCUUACCUGAAGAUCAUUGCCUGGUUGCUCAAAGGACAAAUCAAUAGUGUAGUUUCAUAUUGGGUUUCAACAGCAAUGCAUUUUGUGAAACUAUUUGCCUAUACUGUUAUUUAAAUGCAUAUUAAUAAAAUGGAUUGAAGUAGGUUAAAGUAACAGGUGCAUGUAAUUUGAGAAUUAUAUCCUAUUUUGAAUCAUCAUCAAAUUGCUUAUGAAUUUAAAUCUUUGUUUUCCUGACAGAUCUUUCUCUGGUUUCAUGAGUUUUAUGUAAAGGUUCACUUUGGAGUACAAAUGUUAGGUGAUGCAUUGCUUGUGAAUAAAGCACAUCUUAUUUAUCUGUGGUAUACACAUACACAGUUUGUCAUAAAAUUCUAAACCCCAAUGCUGUUGUGGCUAGCAUCAAUUCCUAAUAAUUAGCUGGCAAAGCCACCUUCUCUUGGGCUUAUCCAAGUCAGAUAAUGUGCCACAAAGUCAGGAGAACUCUUUAAUAUUUUAUAUCAUCCAAUCAUUGCCUCAUCAAGGUUUGUUGCAAUAUUAAUGUAAUUCUCUCAUCUUGCUGGACAAGACUCAGUAAAAAUCAUUUGCUAAGAAAGGAUUCUUCUGCAAGGUUGCUGACUUGAACCUUUGAUGCUGUCUUGGUUCUCAACAGCUUUUAAUAACAGGUCAUUUGUAUUUUGAGAGAGUAGACCUAUUAUUAUAAUUCAAACUUAUUACGGGUGUAAAAUAUUGAGACUUAAAAAUUAAUGAUAGUGUAAUCUGCUGAAGUUUGCUGGAAAUGGUUUAAAUGUCAUCAUAAAAUACUGCAUUCAUGUGAUACUUGGAUGAUACACCUGAAAAUGAAAUUAUUCUGAGGGAUGAAAGCAAUACAUCAAAAAGUGCCGAUGGCUGUUGUUCUUAUCAUGGUGACGUUUCUAGUCGGUGGUGUACAUAGCCAGGUUGUCAGCUUCUUUGAUGGCUCUGUGACAACAAAAGAAGGAGCGCAAUUUACUGUCUAUGUUCAACUGACUGGUGAUAUUUCUAAAUCCAUGAGGGUCAUUGCUGAGAUACAAAGCGAUCUGGAUGAUGACUUCAUUGGUGACACUCAAGUGGCAACCUUCACACCAACUUCAAAGAUUACAGCUGUAACUUUCACAGUACGAGAUGACGAUAAGCCAGAAGACAAAGAAACAUUUUAUCUUCGUCUCUUCCUCAUUGAUUUCAGCAUCUUACUUGGUGACCCCAAUGUCCUGACUGUCACCAUAGAGGCUAGCGAUGAUGCCUAUGGUGUUUUUGGUUUUUUGGAUUCUUCACCAGUGAUUGUGAAGGAGGCAUUGUACACCUCCAUUGUCAACAUCAAAAUUGGUCGUUCCAUAUCCUAUUUUGGAACUAUUGGUGUCACCUUUAUUGUGAAUACAACAGGCAAUGGCAGCAGUAACUUUGACAUUAUGCCUGUUUUGGGAUCGGUAACAUUUUUACCACAGGAAAGGGAGGCCACCUUGCAGCUGCAGAUUCUUCCUGAUGCUGAACCAGAGAACGAUGAGUCUUUCUUUGUUCAGUUGACAUAUGCGACUUAUGAUGCUAGGAUAAACAACUCUGCGCUUGAAUUGAUUAUUUCUGCAAAUGAUGCACCUGUGAGAUUUUCACAGGCGACAUACAUAUUUGAGGAAGGUCCAGGAACCAAGUCAGUGAGCAUCAGUGUGCUAAGAGGUCUUAACUCAGAUGGCACCACCAUUGGACCAACAAAUGGACAGGUGGUUGUCACGUACAGAUUUGAGUCAGGUACUGCCCUUCUUGGCAAUGAUGUUUCUACCGCAGAUGGACAGUUGGAUUUUAAAGCAGGAGAAACAGUGAAGUCCAUUGCCAUUGUCAUCAAUGAUGACAACACCCCAGAAGCUGAUGAAAGUUUUAGAGUAAUAUUAUCACUAGUGAAUGGAGACGCUGUCUUGAGUGCUCCCUACCUAGCAAAUAUAGUUAUUAGUGCCAACGAUUAUCCUGGUGGUGUCAUAACAUUUCAGGCAUCCAAUACAAGCCAAGGUCAGGCAGCAACUGUUCUAGUCAAUGAAGACAUGUACAGUAAAGCUAACUUUACUGUGCUUCGUAAUGAGGGAACAUUUGGAGAAGUCUCUGUCUCGUGGAAAGUCAUUCGAUCCAAUAACAAACCAGAAUCUGUAGAGCAGGAUGUUGGACCCACAUCAGGGGAGUUGGUGUUUCGUAACGGAAUAAAUCAGCAGGUGAUUCAGCUUGUUGUAGUGCAAGAUGUUCUCCCAGAGCCUGCUGAGCAGUUUGAAAUAGAGUUAUCAAGAAAUGACAGAACAAAGGAUGCAGUGGUGCAGGGCAUAACAACUACCAAGUUUAUUAUUGAAGACAGUGAUAACGUCUAUGGUAUGGUGGAGUUUGGGCCAGAUACAAAUCACAGGAUUAUAUCAACACCACUGCCUAGGAAGUUGAGGUUGUCUUUGACAAGAAGUGGUGGCCGGUUAGAAGACCUGCAGGUGAACAUCUCAGUAUCCUAUGUCGAUAAUGGGAUUCAAGCAUUACCAGGAAACAUAUUUUCCAAGUGGAAAAUAACAGCAACUUUGCCAGCUGGUCAGGACCCAACUCUAGUUGAUGUCAACAUCCUCCCUUCUGCAUUUCUUACUACUAACGGGCAGUUCAUUGCUCAGUUGACUGAUGUUUGGCUCUCUAAAAUACCAGAAUAUGGGGCAUACAACAGUCCUACUCGUGGCAUAAGACAACAAGUCAUAAUAUCUGUGACAGAGUUAGAAGCCAAUGGGGAGUCUGGCUUCAACAAUACUGCUAGUAUUGUUGUCAAAGAACCAGCUUCUGGUACAUUAGAGAUUCCUUUGCUGAUUGCUCGUGAGGGAAAGAGUGGAACAGCAACAAUUCGCUGGUCAUUAUCUGGAGUGGGUGCUUCCAUUACAUCAGUGAAUGCAUUGGAUGUAAGGCCUCUGAAUGGCACCAUUGACAUUUUGUCAGAUUCUGUUGGCGCUGUUCUUGUCAUCACUAUACUUGCUGAUGAUGUUCCUGAAGUUGAUGAGACUUUUGUGGUAAGACUGGAAAGUAUUGAACCUUCUGAUUCACAACAAUUGCGACCAGGCUCUAGAGAGGUGUACAUUACAAUUCUCGCUAAUGGAAAUCCAGGAGGUGUUUUUCAGUUUGCAUCAUUCAUGUCCUCUAGCUAUGUCAUUGAGGAAGGUACUCAGCCAGUUGAAGUGGUUGUUCAAAGGACAGGUGGGGAUCUUACAAAAGAAGAGGUGCAGUUUGACAUUCGGCCAAAUGGAACUGUUGAGUUCUUUGGAACACCAAGUGUUUUGAUCUUUGAACCUGGCAGACGUUCAGCCAGCACUACGAUCUUAGCAAAGAGUGAUGGCGUACCAGAGCUGAAUGAAACUUUCACCUUGGUACUGAUGGCAAUGGGAAAUGCAACUCUUGGAGAGCGGACAUCUAUCAGUCUUACUGUUCUUGAGAAUGACUUUCCUUAUGGUCGUAUCCAGUUUUUGUCAGAUCCUACCAUGGUCUUUACUGGUGAGACGAUUGUAGGGCAGCAAGCUGUAAAUAUAUCACUGAGCAUUGAGAGGGCUGGAGGGACCUUUGGGGAAGUGACAGUACCCUGGGAGCUUCGACCUUCUUCAACAAAUGAUUUAAAACCCACUUCAGGCACUAUUGUCUUCAAGCCUGGGGAACAUUCCUACCGUCUUUGGCUGCAGGUUAUUGAUGACAAUAUACCCGAACCAGAUGAAACUUUUGUGGUUCAACUUGGCAGCCUGACUGGUGGUGCUGCGCAGGGCAUUCCAGUGUCAGCAACUAUUGUUAUCUUAGAGAAUGACAUGCCUGUCACCUUCACAGAGUCAGUAGUGUAUGCUGAAGAACCCAGUGCAGUACAAUUGACUGUUCAGCGAUCUGGAAAACUGGAUACAUCGGUCAACAUCUUGUAUCGCACUCUUGAUGGUUCAGCUUCUUCAUUGGAUAAAGAUUAUCAAGAAAUUCAGCAGCAAACACUGGAGUUAAAAGCAGGGGAGGCAAACAAGACAAUAUCUGUGACAGUGCUGGAUGACACAUUACCUGAGGGAAAUGAGACAUUCAUUGUUGAGCUUUUUCCUCAAUCAGGAGAUUUUCUUCUGACAAAUAGCUCCCGUGCAACAGUGGUCAUCUUGGCAAAUGAUGAUGCUUAUGGCGUCUUUAGUUUCUCACAACCUGUCAGCAACAGGGUAGAAGAAGGAAGCACCAUCUUCUUUAGCUUUGAUGAGAGCAAAGUUAAGGUGAGCAGUAACAACAAAACAGAGAUAUACAUGAAUAGAUCAUUGGUUGAGGAUGUAAACAGCUUUAAGUACUUAGGAGCUGCACUCUCCAAAGAUGCGUUGUUCGCGCUCAAGGGUCGUUUUGGUGUGGUUGAAGUAUUUUGGGAGUUACAGUCCCUGCAGAACACAUCUCUUGUGGCAGGCUCAGAUUUUGAAGUGACACGAGGUAGUGUUGUCUUUCAAGAACAAGAAAGUCGUGUGCCCCUUGGCAUUUCACCUCGUGUUGACCUGGAACCUGAAGAACAGGAGACCUUUAAAAUAGUGCUGACAGGUGUUAAAGUAUUGACAGGGUUAACUAGCAGGCAGCUGGCUCGGUUGGCUGAAAGCAAUUUACAAACAGAAGUAGUUGUGCCAGCCAACGAUGACCCUAAUGGCCUUUUUGCCUUCCUAACAUCAUCACGGGAUCUGAGUGUGGCUGAGGAUUUCUACCCAGGCAAUGAAACUAACACUGAAACCACCUUCAGUGUUGAAAGGCGACAGGGCACAGACGGAUCUGUGGAGGUAAUGUGGCAGAUCUUUUCAGUGCCAUUUGGAAUCAACUUGCCAGCAGUGUAUGAUCUUCUGUUUACCGGUCAAAGAUCCUCAACAGUGUUGCUUGCCCCCAACAAACAAAGGGAAGGCACUGGCACUAUUGUCUUGCAGUUUUCUGGCACAGCAGGGAGUUAUGUCACUGUACCAUCUACAUCUGAGCCUACAGCUGAAAUAUUGCGACAGGGUUUCACCAUCAGUGCCUGGAUCCAGCCUUUUAAUCAUUCACAAGGAUAUAUCCUAGCCCGCAGCAGUGCUGAUGGUACCACUUUGUAUUACAGCUUGCUACUUGUUGCCACUGCUACAUCUACCACGCUGGAAAUGACCACCACUUCAGCAUCCUCUUUAUUAAGGGAUGUAAGCCAAGCUGUCAGUAACACAGUGGUUUUAGACAGCCGCUGGCAUCAUGUUCUGGUUGCUGUUGGCAACAGCUCUUUGCAGUUCUACUUGGAUGGCAACUUGGUUCGUACAAGUUCACUGGCUGGUGGUAUUCCACAGAUAGGACCAGGUGUGUUACUGGUUGGUGCUCGAGCACCUGGCGCUGAUUUGUUCUGGGGAUACAUGCAGGAUGUUACCAUUUGGAGCAAGACCUUUGACUCCAGUGAUGUGGCUAACGUGUAUCGCAUUCCACCUCUGAGUGAUGUGACACCUGUGUCAGGUGUGCUGACAUAUGCUGAGGGUGCACGUAUGAAUACAUUCAAAGUGCGUUCCAAGGAUGAUAUAGAGGAAGAGGGGAAUGAAGUAUUUUCUGUUGUUUUGGUGGCAGCUACAGGAGGAGCAUCUUUGUCUUUUAUGGACUCACACACGUCUCUCACAGUUUUGAAGAGUGAUAAUGCUAAUGGAUUGUUUGGACUGCAACAACCAUGUAGUCCAGCACGUGUUGAAAAUGAAGGUGAAUUUGUAACAUGUAAUGUAACACGUCAAAAAGGUAAUAUUGGCACAGUGACUGUUACGUGGCUCCUACUGCAGUUGACAUCUAAUGGGUCAAGGACAGCUGCUGAUGACUUUGUGAACUUUACUGGCUCCUUGGUUUUUGCUCCUGGUGAACGUUUUAAGUCUUUCUACACUCAAGUUAAAGAUGACACCAUACCAGAACUGGAUGAGCAGUUCCAAAUAUCUCUUGUUUCUGCCACUUCUGAUGAUGGUUUGAUUGGCUCCACCAACACAAGUGGUGCCAGCAUAGACCCAGUCACACAGAAAUCAUUGGUCACUGUGGCUCAGAAUGAUUUUCCUUAUGGACUUCUUCAGUUUUCUAGUACAGUUGGUCAGCCAUCCACACCUAGCAGUGGGGGUCUUUUUGAACCUGCUAAUAAAAUUCCUGUCAUAUUUGUUGGAGAGGAUGCAGGAACUGUGCCUCUAGUUGUGGAAAGAGCUCAGGGUGUCUUAGGCUCUAUAUCAGCAGAAUGGCGGACACUUGACAGAACAGCUGUCAGUGAAGGAAAGAGCCCGCCUGACUACGUGCUGAGUGGUGCUGUUGGUCGAGUUGUCUUUGUCAGUGGACAGAAUUAUGCUUUUGUUAACAUCACUGUGUUGGACAAUACUAUACCAGAGGCAGCAAAAACAUUUGAGGUUGAACUCAUCAAUCCAACUGGUGGCGCUGCUCUGGGAGUGGCUAAGUCUGUCAUGGUCACUAUCAAUGCCUCAGAUAAUGCAUUUGGCACAUACCAGUUUGCUGAUGAGUCGUUGGUCACUAUGGCACAGGAGGCUGGAGAUGUUGGGUACACGCUUGCGGUUCUCAGGGUUUUACGAUUGGGUGGCACCAUUGGAACUGACACAGUAACAUGGCAAGCCUCAGAAGAUGAAGAUGAUGGCACAGACUUGGUCGAUAAAACUGGAAGUGUAACAUUUGCAGCAGGACAGACCUCUGCUAACCUUGAGAUCAAAGUACGCGGCGACACUCAGCCUGAGAUGGAUGAGAUUAUCAUAAUCAGGUUGAUACAGGCGGCCCAGGGAGUUUUAGGGGAUAGCUUAAGACGAUCAGCUACUGUCACAAUUGAGGCUAACGAUGACCCAUAUGGUUAUUUUGUCAUCAUUGACUCACAAAGGCCUGUCAGAAUAGAUGAAAGUGCAGGUUCCCAGAGCAUUACAGUACGGAGGCUGUAUGGGAAAUUUGGGUCUGUGAGCGUUGGGUACCAGACCAUGUCUCCACUAGAAACAUACAGCUAUUUGCCAGGCCCAGUCGUCCGUGCUGACUAUCAGGACUUCACAGCAGUGUCUGGCAACAUCACCUUUGCGCAAGGCCAGGAGUAUGGCUUUUUCAGCAUUCCCAUUCUGGAUGACACUGUCCCAGAGCAAGAUGAGAGUGUGUUUGUUCGACUGACAACUGUUGUUUUAGUUCAGGCAGCCCAGUUAAGAACAGUCCCAAACUCACCACGACUGGGCUCAAGUACAGAAACCUAUGCUCAAGUAAUCAUCAACAGCAAUGACGAUGCCGCAGGAGUCCUGACAUUGUCACCAUCAUCAUUAAAUGUCACAGAGGAAACUGUGGUGCCUCAGCUUAGGGUAGUCAGAUCAGGGGGAACAUUUGGAGAAGUGACAGUUCAGAUACGGGCCAUUGAAGGAAGAGCACUAAAUAUGUUGGACUUUGCAUUAACUUCAAAUCAGAUAGUCCUUGGGUCUGGAGAGACUAGCAAGUUGGUUCCCCUUGUUAUUGUCAAUGACCUGAUCCCAGAAAUGAGUGAGUCCUUUACAGUAGAACUACUGGAUCAAGUCACAGGGACUGCAAAGGUAGGGUCAGCUAGGUCAGCUGUCAUUACCAUCCUACCAUCAGAUGAUCCCAAUGGAGUGUUUGAGUUUGCAUCAACGGGGCUCAGUGUUCAGGAACCAGAAAAUGGCCAGCCCUAUCCUGUUAAUAUAACUGUCAUUCGUACCCAGGGCUCAGUGGAUGUAGUGACAGUGCAGUGGUCAGCAACACUCAAUGGUGCUCCUGCACAAACAGAUAUCAGUCCCACUUCAGGAUCCUUGUAUUUUGUCACCAAUGAGGCCAGUCGGCCCAUCACAAUCUAUAUAAUGCCUGACCUGCCUGAGGGUACACAUGAUGUAGCAAUCACCCUCAUUUCAGCAAAUAAUGGUGGAAGAAUUGGGGAGCGCCGUACCUUUACGUUAUCCAUUCCAGCUAAUGACAAUCCUUAUGGCAGUGUAGAGUUUAUCUCUUCAUCAUACAGUGUCCAAGAAAUUGGACAGACACAGUUUUUGGCAGUAACAAGGAGUGGAGGCACAUACGGUCAGCUUAAAGUCUACUACAGUACUGCCAUGGUGGAUAUAGUAACUGAGGCAACACAGGAUGGUACUGCAAUCAUAAACUACUUCACUGGCCCUGUCUCAGGACAGAGGAACAAAGCAGGCACAGUGGUGAACAUUACAACUGCCAGUAACAGACUUUUGACCUGCUCAUCAGUAUGCUUGGGCACAGAGGCAUGCCAGUCUUUUCACGUUAGCAACACACAGGAUGGUUUCCUGUGUGCAUGGUUUACAGAUAUUGCCCCAGAGUCUGAGAUUGUACCUAUUACAAAUAUGUCUUACUACAUAAAGAACACAGAGAUGGUUCAACGAAUACUGUCUAGAGCCGCCAAGGCAGGUGAAGAUUAUGUCAGUGUUACGGGUGGCUCCAUCAUGAUUCAGGAUGGUAACAAUACUGGACAAAUUCCUGUAACAAUUGUUGAUGAUGUUCUCCCAGAGCUUGAUGAAAAAUUCUUGGUUCAUCUGCUCAGAGUAGAAGUCAAUGAUUCUGUUGCUGUAACAGCUGGAUAUCCUCAGCUUGGGAAACAGUCAUCAGCCACUGUGACUAUUCGAACCAAUGAUAAUGCUAAUGGAGCAUUUAGCAUAUACAGUGAUAUUCCUACUGCAAACAGAGAAGGGAAAACAGUUUCUGUUGAAGAACAGAACAGAUUGUCAGUGGACAUAAUUGUGACAAGAGAAGGAGGCAGUAUAGGUGAGGUUUCCAUAAGAUGGGAGGUAAAUAUGACUGGAAGCACAGCCACGUAUGGCAGUGACUUUGUGGCUGAUGGUGCAACAUUAACAUUCAGUCCUGGGCAAACUCGUAGAAUUGUGACAGUCACAAUCCUGGAUGACAAUUUGCCAGAAAAUGAUGAGAGUUUUAUCAUACAGCUAACCGACCCAAGAGGUGGCGCCACUGUCUCUGCAUAUGAUCACAUAGCCAUUAUUAUCCUGGCCAAUGACAAUGUCGCAGGCAUCUUUGGUUUCAAUACAACAUCUGUACUUGCCAAAGAAGGUGACAAAAUUUCCGUAGGUGUUCAGCGCACCUUGUCACUGUUGGGUACAGUCACAAUUAACUGGGUUAUUACAGAUCUCAGUGGAUUGUCUCCUCAACUUGUCUUCCAAGCCACUGCUGGAAAUCUCACAUUUCUGCCUGGAGAGGGGCAGAAGACUCUUGAAGUGGCAGUUAUUUCGAAUGACCUACCAAAAUUGAGUCAAGAAUAUCAACUGAUUUUAACAAAUAUCUCCACUAAGGGUGUGAGUGCAGCUGGAGCGGCUGCUAUUAAUCAUCAGCUGGGCACAGUUCAGAUCACCAUUGCUGGCAACAACGACCCUCAUGGUGUCUUCCAGUUUGCAUCUUCUUCCCUUUCUGUUGACACUGCUGAGAAUGCUAAUGUAACACUGCAGGUGAUUCGCAAAUUUGGUGCCUUUGGUACUGUACGUGUGGCCUACCAAGUUGUGCAGGGAAUAGUAUCAACACUGAGUCCAGACCUCAAUCUGGCUAGUCCUGGUCAAGAUUUUGUUGCCUCUAACAACAGUUUCGUGGACCUUGCUAAUGGGGUCACAUCAGCCUCCAUCAACAUCAUAAUCAUUGAUGAUCUUCUUCCAGAAAUUGAUGAGGUUUUUUUGGUAAAAUUGUCAUCUGUCAGUUUGGUUGGGUCAUUGGAUGAAAUGUCUCCCCCACGACUUUCCAGUGAGGGAACAACUGCUGAGGUCAGAAUUAAUGCCAAUGAUGGUGUGCAAGGUGUCAUUAUGUUUGCUACAGAUUCCAGAAGUGUAAUUGUGGAUGAAGUCUCACCAGUUCUGUCCCUGAGUGUCAUGAGGAUGCAAGGCACCUAUGGGGAAGUGUCAGUUAUGUAUUACUCACAGAAUCUCACUGAUGGCGCCAUCAGUGGGACAGACUACAUCUUGGCAUCAGGGGAACUUGUGUUUGCCCCUGGAGUAAGCCAAAAGAAUAUCGUCAUCAACAUUGUCAAUGACAACAUUCCAGAACCUAAUGAACAGUUUGAAGUUGUUUUAACAAAUCCCAAGAAUGGUGCCACUCUGAGCUCAUUUUCCAGAGCAACAGUUACGAUCUUGGCCAAUGAUGGGUCAGCAGGGGAGGUGAAUUUCGAGACUGGCAGCUUAAAACUAGAAUUAAGGGAGCCAACACUGAACAACCAGACAGGCAUGAGGGCAGAAGUCACUAUACAACGUGGACCAGGGAUCUAUGGCAGGAUUACUGUACCAUUCAUCAUUACCACGCAGCUUAAUGUGCUGACUGUAGACAUCACUCCUUCUAGUGGUGUCAUCGUCUUUGAAGACAGACAGAGUGUGGCUGUAGUACAACUGUCAGCAGUAGAUGAUGAAGAUCCAGAAACAGCAGAAGAAUUUAUCAUGAAAUUGCAGACACCAACCAACGGUGCAACUCUAGGAACAAAUGUAACAGCAGCUGUGGUUGUUGCUGCUAGUGAUUCACCAUACGGCUUAUUUCAAAUUUUUCCUUCCUUUUCAAGUGUCAUGCGAAGUAAAGGCUUGGUGGGUCGCGUCAGUGUUGACAUCCUUACUGUACCAGGUACAGCAACCUUUCAGACCAGCAGCACCAACAUUGAGCUAGCAGAAAUUCAGACUGUUGCAGCUACCCGAAUCAGUGCAUGGUGUAAGAUUUCCUCAGGGGAAGCCACUUACAUCCUGAUGAUAACUUCACUUAAUGCGAAUGAGCAUUUGAGGAUGCUUGUGGGGAAGUCAGACCUGCAGGAUGGGCAGAGUGUUCUGUACAGGUGGCAAGGAGAGCUGACAUACAUCAGGACACUUGCUACUGAUGGUGCACAGGCAGCGACAACUUUCACAAUAUCAGGCAGUACAUAUUUUGUCAUUGCUAACAGUGGCAAGCAAGGGACACGAGUCAUUCAAUCUAUGGUCUACAGGCUCUAUUCCAAUGGAACAGUGGAAAUGGUUCAGGGACUAACAACAUCUGGUGCUACAGAUGUUAAAUAUUUCAAGGAUGGUGAUUACCACUUUUUGGCAUUUUCAAACUCUGUGGAUGACAGCAGCCGCUCAAACAUUUCUUCUUUUAUUUACCGGUGGGAUAGUGGUCUACAGCAGUUUGGAGCAUAUCCAAUUUAUCGAUUGCCAACCCUGUAUGCAAAAGCAGUUGAGGUCUUUACCAUAAAUGAUGUUGUCUAUUUGGCAUUUGCCAAUUAUUAUGAUGUGACCACUGGCUCUUAUGAAACUGAUUCAAUAGUGUAUAGACGGGGUACAGAUGGAUUCUUUCUUCAGCACCAAAGACUUCCCACUGCUGGCGCUGUUGAUUUGGAACAUGUCAUCAUCAAUAAUGUUCAUUACCUUAUCAUUGCAAACAGUCAGCAGAAUACAAUCAGUUCUCAACAUACAUCCCGUAUUUACCGUUGGGAUUCGAAUGCUGGUGUGUUUGUUCAACACCAGGACCUGUACACCACUUACAUACAGCACGUUGCUACUCUAACUAUGGACAAUGGCGCUGUUCUGCUGAUCCUUGCUAACUCUGUGGGUUCCUCUGAGGUGAUGCAGUGGAACAUCACUCAGAGCCGCUUCGUUAGUGGAUGGAGUGGUGACCCCUAUCGACUUUUGCAGCCAAUCACAAUUCAGCAGACCACAGCUCCUCUUUACAUGCUAGCUGCUGCAGAUUUGCCAGCAGAGACUAAUGCUACCCUAUUUCAGAUUGCACAGAUCAGUGAACAAAGUGAUUUUGUACCCAGGAGGUUAACCCUGACAUUCGAACCUGGACAGACAACGCUGCAUACCACAGUGGCUGUCAUGCAAGAUGAUGUGCCAGAAGACGUGGAGUCGUUUGCUGUAACUCUUAUUUCACCGACAGGUGGAGCUGAAAUAGGACCACAGGCUAGUGUGACAGUCAACAUUCUAGCCAAUGACAAUGCAUAUGGCAUUGUUACAGACUCAUUGAAUGUGGUUGCAGAAGAAAAGACUGGAAUGGACAACACUAUACAGUUAAAUGUCAUUAGAAAGGGCGGUUACUUUGGUCAGGUAGCAGUCCAGUGGGUGGCCACUGGUGACCUCAAUGGAGUGAAUGACAUCUCCCCUCUCUCUGGGACGGUUGAGUUUGCAAAUGGGCAGUCUGUGGCCACCAUCUCCCUUACAGUGCGAGAUGACAACAUACCAGAAAUGACCAAAACUAUCUACAUACGUCUGACGCAGAUAAUCACCCAUGGCAGUUCGUCUUCUCAAGGUGCUCAACUAGGUGAAGCUACCUUGUCAGCAGUGACAGUUCUAGCCAGUGACUCUCCAUAUGGUGUGGUGUCCUGGCAGACAACAAGCAUCUCCACACCUGAGCCUGAGGGGACUGAUAGCAGUGUCAAUCUUACAGUCAUCAGGGACCAGGGACUGCAGGGUCAGCUCAGGGUCUCUUAUGUGACAUCUGUAGCCUUAGGACUGCCCCCAGAGCAGCAGGCGAUCUCAGGCCAGGACUUUGUCUCCACUCAGAGCUCACUCAUCCUACCUGUGAACACAUCACGUGCCACUGUCCAAAUUAUCAUCAAACAGGAUAACAUUCCAGAGACUGCAGAGUCCUUCUAUGUCAACUUGACAGCAGUUGAGCUGAUGGGUACUGUCAGCGACAACACUGCUCAGCCCAGUAUCAAGGUGCCUGGAAAUGUGGCCACUAUCACUAUCCUUGAGAACGACAACGCUCGUGGCAUGGUUCAGUUUAAUGUCAACACUAAUGUGGAGGGACGUGUGGACACCUAUGAAGAAUAUGGACGCAACAACACCAUCAGCCUUCAGCUGCAGCGGUCUGUAGGAUUCUUUGGUACUCUUACAGUCACAUGGCAGGCGGAGCCAAUCACAGCCAACAUUCUCGACUUCAGCCCAGCCAGCGGUGCUGUUGCCUUUCAAAAUGCUCAACAAACGGCCAGCAUUAACAUAGUCAUCAUUGAUGAUCAGAUUCCAGAAGAUAUGGAGACCUUUGGUGUGAAACUAAUUAGCGUUACUGGAGAUGCACUACUUGGCAGUGUGACUUCUGUACGGUGCAUCCUGAAAAAUGAUUCUCCCACUGGCUUCUUCAGAUUUGGAACCAGAGAAGUGAAAAUCAGGGAACCUCAAACUCCCAGUGAUGCCCAGAGUUAUGCUGUGCUAGUAAUUCAGAGGGUGCAGGGUGCCCAAGGCCUGGUCAACGUGCAGUGGCGACUAAAUGCUGCUGCACAAGAUGACUUUGUUCCACCACUAGAAGGCAUUAUACAGUUUAUACAGGGUGAAACUGAGAAGAAUCUUGUCCUGGAGGCUAAGGCAGAUAACAUCUUGGAGGGAGAGGAAAGUUUUAUUGUGUCCCUUGUGUCUUCUGACAAUAAUGCUGACAUUUCACCAACAGAGGGAGAUGCUACCAUCAUCAUAGCUGCAGACCCUGGUGCAAGUGGGACCGUCUCAAUCCUUCCAACUUCACGGUAUGUACUCAUUGGGGAGCCAGGGGAAUACAGUGCUUCCUAUGAUGGUACAGCAAAUGUCGUGCUGACCAGAGCAGCUGGCAUCUAUGGUCAAAUCGUCAUCACCUGGGCACUAACACCUAGAAACAUGGCAGCAUUUAUGCAAGUUGAGGGCAGUGUGACUUUUCUGGACCUCCAGCAAACAGCCACAAUAGUGUUACAGGCACGUGAUGACACUGAGCCUGAGUUGCGAGCCAGCUACAGUCUGCAGAUUACCUCAGCUUCUGGUGGAGCUGUUCUCUCCCCUGAAACAGGAGCCACAACUGCAGAAAUUGUAUUCAUUGCAAGUGACUAUCCACAUGGGUUGUUUGGAUUUGACUUGCCUCAGACUGUCACUGUAUCUGAGGAUGUGACAUUGGUUCAAGCAACUGUCCUGCGUAGCAAAGGAGGUGUGGGUCAGGUACAGGUGUAUUACAAUACCACAUCUGGAACUGCCACAUCUGGCCAGGAUUUUUAUCCUGCCUCAGGUUUCAUUGUCUUUGAGAAUGGAAUGACUUCAAAGGUUGUACAGGUGUCAAUCAUACAAGAUAACAUACCAGAAGGCCCUGAGGAUUUCUUCAUUAACAUUACCUCAGUCACCUUGCUGAGUCCAACCAACAAUAACUAUACUAUUGUGAAUGGGCUGCGACCAGACAUGCUGCCUGGAAUAGGACCUGUAUCUUUCACGAAAAUUAUCAUUGAAAAAAAUGACAAUGCUGAAGGAAUUAUUGAGUUUGACACAGCUGGACUAGACUUAAAAGUUCAAGAAGAAGCUGGCAUGGCAGUAGUCCCUGUCAUUCGCCGUAUAGGUUCUUAUGGAGUUGUGACAGUGUCCUAUGUGACACAACCUCUCACAGCUAUCCCAGGUGUGGACUAUGUGCCUGCUAGUGGAAUCCUGCAGCUGACCAGCGGUCAGGAGAAGGCAGUGAUCAACAUAACCAUCAUUGAUGAUACCUUACGUGAAUUUGAAGAGCAGUUCAGUGUGGCACUUUCAAAUCCCACAGGAGGUGUACUGCUAGGCACUGCAACAACUUCUUUGGUAACCAUUCUAAAAUCAGACUACCCUAAUGGAAAGUUUGGAUUCCUGGGAGAGACAACGCGCACUAUUCCAAAUCCUUCAUCACUCCAGAAUGUCAUCUUUUAUGUUGAGAGAACAGAGGGUUUGCUAGGAAUGCAAGAGAUUCAAUGGUGUAUCAUGGGACCAAACAAUCCCAACUUGCCCCUGGAGGAUACAAGUGACAUCAGCUUUGGCUCUGGGGAUAUCCAGACUACCUCAGGACGUCUGUCCUGGGCAGAUGGAGAAGCUGGCAACAGACAGUUCACUCUGAGCAUCAAGCCUCAUACCUCUUGGGAAAUUCAGAAAACAUUUAUCAUUAAGAUCUGUAAUAUACAGGCCACCCCUCCAUCGGUGGGUAUUGGGGAGGUCAGCCCUACCUCAGGAAAGAUAAUUUUUACAAUACAGAAAUUUGGAGAUCCCAAUGGGAUUAUGGAAUUUUCUGGAGCAGCUCUGACAGUGCGAGAAAUUGAGGAGCCAUCAGGAACGGACCCAGCUGAACUUGGAUUUCCUGUGGUCAGGCAGACUGGAACUGGAACACAAGGCAACAUUAUGGUUUACUGGGAAGUACAUGGUCCAGGCUCAGAAAUAACUGAUGUUCGUCCUAAGAAUGGAUCAUUGCUUCUAGCAGAUGGAGUGCGGCAGGGCCAGAUUACUCUGCAGGUGCUUCCAGAUGAUAUUCCAGAACUGACAGAGGAGUUUACACUUGUUCUAACUUCUGUGGAAGGUGGAGCAGAAAUAAACAGCCAAGCCAGUAUCUCUACCUUCCGUAUCAGGUUCAAUGAUAAUCCACAUGGACAGUUUGGUGUUCAUGCAGCAGACCAGAAGGUGGUAGUGGAUGCCGUAGACCUCUCGCGCAGUCUGUCUCUCACCUUUACUCGCUACUUUGGUGCCUUUGGGAGUGUUAUCUUAACAUACAAAGCAGUUUAUGAUGAGCCUUUGUCAGGUGUGGGGUUGUCAGCAAGCACUGGAACUGUUACCUUCAGCAAUGGUCAGGGCAGUGCCCAGGCAUCUAUCCCUAUUCAGGGGAGUGGUUUCCUCCAGCUGGGCUCAACAUUCUCUGUUACUCUUCUUGAUGUUCAGUUCCUAGGUGCUGGAGUGACACAGCCUCCACAACUGAAGAUGGGAGAAACUGAUGCAAAGAUUGCAGUUUCUUCUGAGGCAGCUAACAGUGAAGUCAGUUUUUCAAACUCUGUUCUCAGCGUCAAUGACGAGAGUGGAACAGCCAUUGUUACAAUCAUGAGACAAGGUACUUAUGGAAGCCUUAGUGUGGAAUGGGCAACAGGUGAGCUGGCGGGAAGCCUUACUGCUGGUGUUACCAAUGGGGAGAUACUUCCUGCCUCUGGCACUAUAAGUGUCCCUCAUGGAGUUGAGAGCAGAAAUUUAACUGUACAGGUAAAUGCUAAAUUAGGACGGGCAGAAACAUUUGUUUUACGCCUGCCACGCACACCCGAGACACCAGUCAGUGGUGGAGCUAGACUUGCUGCGUCCAACAUUAAAGUGACACUAGACCCAUCAGGCACACUGCGUUUUAUGCAAUCUUCUCUCUCACCGACAGUUUCUGAACUUGAUGUGGGGGUGACAGUAACUGUUGUACGGGUUUAUGGAGUACAGUCAAGAAUUGAACUGAUGUAUGGCACUCAGGACAACACAGCAAAGGGUGAUUCUGACUUUCGCUCCAUCAGCUCAGACACUCUCAUCAUGGAGGCUCUUCAAACCAUGGUCAACAUCACUAUUCCAAUUUUCAAAGACAACAUCCCAGAACCAUCAGAACAGUUCAGCAUCAGACUGCUGAAGGUAGACAAACUUCCCACACCUACACAACCAGGAUCAAGUCCACGCUUAGAUGUAACACGCAGCACUGCAGUCGUCACAAUAACGGAGAGCAAUGAUCCCUAUGGUGUCCUGUCACUGGAUCCAACAAGUACGAGUGUCCCUGAAGUCUUUAAUAAGGUUUCAGUCAAAAUAAAAAGAACAGGAGGACUGUUUGGCAGGAUUGGGGUCACUGUGCGAACAGUUGGUGGAGGUGAGAGCUGGACUUCUGACAUUGUACCCAACACAGACAACACAACAGCAGAUACCAUAGCACAAAUACUGGGUCAGAGAGAGAGGAGCAGAGUGGCCACAGGAGGAGUUGACUAUGAAGUGUUGGAUACCACUGUCAUGUUCCAGGCAGGGGAAGCAGAAAAGAAUAUAACUUUGACGAUUCUGGAUGACACCCUACCUGAACCAAUGGAGACAGUAUUGAUGUACCUUACCAAAGUGACAGGUGGCGCCCGUGUUGCCAGGGGCAUUCCAGAUGGCGGGCUUAAGGGCUAUGCAGUUGUCAUUAUUGAGGCCAGUGACACAUCCAAUGGACUGAUAGGCUUUGCAGAGAAUUCAAAGAAUGUUGAAGCCAAUGAAGACACAAACCCAAUUUUGAGACUGACUUUAACACGCCUUAAUGCCUUUUUUGGCAACGUGCAAGUCUUUUGGAAGGCAAAAGUUAGCAUAAGCAGCAGCGACACUGAAGAUAUCCAGCUGACUAGCCAGCUGGUUGUCACGUCAGGAUCAACAAUCUGUCCUGCAGAACAGAGUGUGUGCUAUCUGGAUGUUGCUCUCAUUAAUGAUACAAUCCCAGAGGAGAGCUUUAGCUUUGUGGUGAAGCUGGAGAGUGUUGGCCCAGAUGCACAGCUAAAUCAGGCUAGUCAGUAUGCCACUGUCAAUGUUUUGCCAAGUGAUGAUGUCUAUGGCCUCGUUCAGUUUAUCCGUGACUCCAGAGUCAAGGUUGUUGGAGAAAAUGCAGUGACAGUUCAGGUAGGAGUGGAGCGAGUGCAAGGAUUAGAGUAUGAGGUGCAAGUUGGCUACAGGACAUUGCAGAUGCAGCUAGCAGAUGUAGCGAGCAGUGUGACCAUCUAUCCUGCGCUGGAUGGACAGGACUUCACAGGAGAACUAGGCACCCUGGUUUUUAAACCUCGUUCUCAGGAAGUGCAGUACAUAGAUGUGAAAUUAACUCCACUCUUGGCCUCUACCAACCCAUUUCCAAAGCAGUUUUUCAUUAAACUCUACAGUCCUAGUAAUCAGGCACGGCUUAGUCUGGAGUAUAAUACAUCAAAAGUCAUCAUUGUAAGGACACAGGAACUGCCAACCUGGUCUGUCAUUACGUCUCAACUUCAGGAACCACUCAACAACACCAACAUUCUACGCACUGUGAGUCAGCUGGGCAUUCAGGCACAAAGCCCUCUGAGUGAUACACAGCUCACCCUAAUUGAUGACAUACUCAAGGAAAUCAACGAUGAAGGAAGCUUACGGCAGCUACCAGCAGAAAUCCUAGAUGCAACAUUUGCUCUGUACUGCAAAUUAUUGGAUCCCAGCAAAAGUGAUGCAACAGUUGGUCGACACACCAUGGCUCAGACUUUGGAGAGCUUUGCCUACACCAUGCUCACACAACAUCCAUGUCCAGACCCUGUCCCUGAGAACCUGUUAUCAAGGACUUGUGCCUUUGCUUCAGUAGGUGCUGCUCGAUGGCCUCUGGAUAGCUUGACAGGCUUCAGUUAUGAAGCAUAUUUCAGGAAAGAUGACAGUUUUAAUGUUCCAGCAGAGCUGACAGUUUCACCGAAUGCUGAUGGUACAGAUGACCAGUGUGUGGACUUUCACAUGAUUGAAUACAACAGUGGCCAGUGGUUUCCUACACAAAAUGGAGAGCAGCUGUUGAAUGCAAAGGUGUUUUCCUUUGGUAUCAAGGAAAAAGCUUCUGGAGAAACCACUAGUCCUGUGCACUUUGUUGUACACACUCAGGAUCGGCGAGUUGCUGCCAAGAGAGCACAGUGUGUGUAUUUUGAUACAGCAUCUGAGAAGUGGGUGAGUCCGUUGGGUGUUUGCCAAGUCACCAACAAUCUCAACACAGGCACAGAUGACUUUGUCACUUGUGCUUGCAGUCACAUGACCAGUUAUGCUGUAAUUGCAGAGUCUUAUGACCCAGGAAUAGUGGGCUACACAGUGUGGUUCUAUGUGGCCUGCUUUAUUUGUAUGGUCAGUCUUGCAGUAGAAAUUGUUGUUCACCACCUGUGUAUUACAAAUCCCACUUUUGCUGCCUGUCUUUUGCAGCACUUCUUCUUCUCCAUACUUAUAACUCAGAUGUGUUUGGUCAUUGACACCUAUCUGAGUCCAGGAGAGAUCCUCACCCCCAGCACCAGCGCUGAUAAUUAUAGAUGUAUCGUCAUGGGCAUUUUCCUCCACUACUUCUUUCUUGCUCAGUUUACAUGGAUCAUGACACAGGCAAUUAAUUAUUGGAAGACACUAGUUCUGAAUGAUGAACACACAAGAAGAAAGUACGCCUUAUUCUUCCUACUUGGAUGGGGCCUGCCCAUGGCUGUCCUGGCACUCUUCUAUGCUGUCACCUACAAUGUGUACAAAUAUACGACAAAUUUACCCGUUGACUAUAUCUAUGGCGAUGUUAACUACAGUGGUGAUGUGUGUUUCAUCACAAAUGCAUAUGCUACUAUUGGUGGCAUAAUUGCCCCAGUGUUGCUGCUGUUGCUAGUACCAUGUGUGGUUUUCGUCAAGGCAUUUCAGUUAUUACCACAAUGGCAGGCAUAUGAUGACAUCUACCACUACCGCUACAAUGCUACAGAGGUGCGGCUGCUGCUGGUGAUAUGGUGUUUAGUGACGCUCAUGUGGUUGUGGGGUGGUCUCCACAUGGUGUACGGGCAGCUGUGGAUGCUGGUUCUCUACUGCAUUUGCAGUAUUCUGCUGGGCUUGCUAGUAUUGGUAUUGUACGUCAUCCUUCGCAACCCGUGGCUGAUGCGUUUUGUUCCUGGACACCAGAGGUCCCCUUCUCCAAACUACACAGAUGUGGAUUUUCUUCCACCGCCUAGUAUUCAGUACCAAGAAAAUAUGCAUGUCAGCUUGGCCAGCGUAAAGGGCUCUCACUCUUCUCUGAUCAAUGAGAGGUGGGAACAAGCAUCUCCUGUCUCACAAGGUGAAAUGAGGGUCCGACGAGCUCUCCCAUCACAGGUCUAUGUCAAUCCUCCAUAUGCCACAGUUUCCUCUACAACAUCCAGUAACCUUGACCCUCAAGACUUUGAUGACAUCCUUCAUGCUCUGAAGAACAGACAGAGUUACACACCUUCUGAAAUAUCACGCAGUGUUGCUGAUAAUGAUUCCCAGCUAUCUGCAAAAUUGGAUGGCUAUGACAAAAAGAGGAUUAACAUUGCUGACACACAUGUAUAGCUACUAUGAAAUGUGGAGUUUCAUUUAAAAAAGGGAAACAGUUAAAAAAGCUGAAGUUCAGGAUCCUAUGCAUUUUAGGAUGAUGAUAAGGGGAGGUGUGUAGACACAUGCUUGUUACAAUGUAAUGAAACAUGAUCAUGAUUAUUUCCUAGACUGAUGUAGCAAAUAUUUCAUUAUACAUUAUUGGUACGCUCUAAUUCUUAGCUUCUUAAGACGAUUCUGGGAGCACAAAUUUUCUUGGUGGUUGCUGGCUGCCACAUAGAUCAUACCAAGUUUACCAUUAUAACUUCUGGUAGAAUACUCUCAUUAUCACAUUUUGUUAACUCUAGUUACCAAGCAAAGGUGCAUGGUUAAAAAAUUUUCAAUUAUUUUGCAUCUAACUGCUGCAACCUGCUUCCAAAUUUAGCAUCUAGUGAACUAGGAUAUGUUACUAUGCACUCAUGCACAACUACAAAUGGUACUCAUGGUGGCUUGCAAUGUACGACAGGCAAAGAAAACAUGUCCCUCUGAGUUCAGUGCAUAAGAAUUAUUUACCCUUGUAAAUUAUUAUCUCGCUGAUAUAGUUUGUGUCCACUCCAUUUUGACUAUUUUACUCUGUACAAGUUAUGUGUUGUGCGACUAAACCUAUGUUUCAAAGUUGAAUGCUUAAGAAAAAUUGCGCCUAAUGAUCACACUGGCAUCUUACGCAGUUUUUCUCUAAGACUGCUUGAUUAAGCACAAUAAUGAUCAAAAGUUUGUUAUUCUGGAAACUGUAAGAUACUGCAAUAACACCUCACAACAAUGUUGGGGUAUCAACAAAAUGGCCUGUGGUCAUGUAUCAGAGUAUCCUUCUAAAUCUUACGUUCUACCAUCACAGACAAGACCUGUUCCAUGGCUGCUUUAACCUGUAGUCCAUGUGACUUGACAUCCUUGUAAUGGCUUCUAGGUUUUUAGUGCUCUCCAAAGAAUAAAAAAUAUGUUAAGGCUACAGUGACAAAGAGAGAGAUUUUUCCCAAUACAACCUAAAAUAUUCUAAGAGCAGGCAAGAUUUAUUGAUAACCUAGGCACUUUGGACAUUUAUUUUUUAUUUGACCAAGUUUUAGUAAGUUUCCUUGCAGAGGUAAAUAUCACAGCUGCCAUGUUUUAUAUACGAGUUUUAGUCUUUUUUGCUCUUUUAUAGUUUGUCUGUUUACAUUAGGUAUGCACAUCUACAAAUUGACAAAAACAGUUUCUGACUCACGAUUCAGUAUUGUUGCAUGCAAUGUAGAGCUUUUUGAUCUAAAAUAUUCAGGGGAAAUGUGUAUGGCUGUGUUGAUGAACUGUAGGAAGACGUUACCUCACUAUGUUGCCGCUUUUUUUUUUCGAGAAUUAGAUCUCCAUUGUCAUUUCCGACUGUAGCAAAUUAUUCUUUUUUUCCAAGAAUUCCAGUCAGAAAAAUCAUCCAUACAUUUCAAUCAUUUUGUUUUUUGGUGCAUGUGCUUUAAGAAAUGUUUUGUAUUAUGUUGAAUAUUUUGUUUUGUGUAUGAUUCAGUAUUGUAAUGAGACACUCGAUCUCAUUGGACACUGGAGAGUUUAUUCCAGUCACACAGUACUUAAUUCUGUUUGCAACCUUCUAUAUACUUGAGACCUGAAGAUGAAUCUUUCUCCUCUGGACCUGUUAUAUCCUGCUGUUGUCAUCCAGAUAGGGGAAGCCAUCGUAUGUUUGAUUGCUAUUUUGGAGUUGCAUAAAUGAGUAUUUUUCUGAGCUAUUGCUUCUUGUUAGCAUUAUUUCAUAUCUGCAUCCCAUGUAAUAUUUAUUUGCCAAAGCUUGAAAAUCAACUUUGUUACUAUUUAUUUGUACUUUAGCAUGUGGGUUUGGGACUAUACACCAUGAUUAGCCAGACCUUUUAAUCCUUAGUUGUGACUCAGUAGUUUCCUUGCUCUUUAGCAAAACGAAUCAAGGUGGCAUAGAUUGUGAAAAUAGCUAUAGCAAUGCUUGCAAAGAAACGACUCACCAUGGCAUGUGCACACUGUUCUUUUUUUCAAAGGUUUAUAAGUUUGAGCAAAUUAUAUCUAAAUGCAGUGAUAGUUGUCCUGUUUUCUAAAUAUGUGUACAGCAGUACUGUGUGAAAAUUCUUUUAAACUUGCAUAUAAUUGUUUAGAAUGUUAAAAAAACAACCUGCCAAUGACAUUUCACAGAUAUUAUUCCACUGUAGCCAUCUUGUGAUAGUUUGAGUUAUUUCAACACAAGUAAAUAAACAAUUAGAGUGCAAUAAACAGUUUUGUACUAUUGUGGGGUAAUAUUCAGACAACCAGUGUCCCUAUCAAUAUUGACAGAAAAGGGAAACGUUUGGUUUUCAUGUGUAACGAGAUUACACAAGAUGCUAUUUUCAAAUAAAGUAUAACAUUGCUGCAGACAGGAAGCCCUGUGGCAAGAAGCAGCAAAACAACUAAAGAAAGAACACUAUUGUAUCUGUGGUCUAUUGUAACCACUUCAAGGUUAUCAAUGUAUAGUUCCUUCCUUGUUUGUAGACUUUUAUUUAUUGCAACUUGCUGUUGAGAAAUUUAAGGUCCAUUCAUGUUACUUUGAAGGAUUACUAAUAAUUUUACACUUAAGAGUAAAAACUAAAAGACUAUGAAAUUGCCAUGUUUGAAGAUUUUUACAAUAGUGCAUCAUUUUUGUUUUAUGUCCGAGAAAGACCUUACUACUGUGUUAUGCUCAAGUGUUCACAAGUAACCUCUUUUGUACUGUAACUAUUGUUGCUACCUGCUAUUUUAGUAUCGAUUUUUCCAGUUUUUGGCACGUUUUGAGUGUAUAUAUGUAUGUGUGAGUGUGCAUGCACACUCAUAUUUUUACAAAAAUCAUACAUGCAGCUAAAAACGCUGCAUCUUGCCUGUUUUAUCGUCCAGAUGUCUUCACACAUUAGCAUUGUAUGAUGCUUUCAGCAGAAAAUUAUAAUUAAGCACUCAUAAUUACUGACAGUCUCUUUUCCAGUUUACUUCAAUGUUAAACCACCAAAAGUCUGCUUCAACAUCUCUUUUUGAACACACUUGGAUUUGUUAGAAAAUUAUUGAACAAUCAUCUUUCUAAGAGAUUAUAAAAUCACACUCGGUCCAAAUACUCAUCCUUCCUUAACGUUUGAAUCACUGCAACAUCUGUAGGAGUAAUGUUUGGCCAUUUGUUGUUACACUCUGUCUCAUUUAGCUUAAUAAAAAUUUUUGUAGCAAUCUUUGUUGUAAAAUCCUUGUCUUUUAGUGCUUUAUUUAUUUUUUUUUAAGAUAAAAUGUAGGAAUGUUGUUCAGUUUCACAAAGUUUGUGACUGGUGAUCUAAUGAAUCUCAACAUACAGUUGGAACAAGAACAAGACGCAUUAGUUUUCACUUUUGUAUUUAACAUCAGUAAAAUGUAUGCAAUUGAAAAGUCACUAGUAUUUAACAUCAGUAAAAUGUAUGCAAUUGAAAAAGUUGCUAAUUUUUGUUUAAUGAAGACAGCACUGCUUGGUGAGGUUUGGAAAAACCCCAGCAAAACAGUUUUUGUUCUUGCCUCUAAUGCUUUAUGUAAAUUCACAUAAAGGCAUUUUUCUUGAGUCCUAUUAGUCAAUGCUAAGCCCUGAUGGCUUUGAACACACGUGGGCAUGGUUAAAAACUGAUUAAUGCUUCUACACAACUUUCUUGAGUGCAUUUUU